GAUAUACGUUGCUUUUUCAUUCAUUUGAGAUCUGUGACUACUUGAGAUUUGGUUUACUUAUAUCUAACUAAUUUGAGUUUGUAUUUGUUAUGGAGGGGCGGAUGAGUUAGCUGUGAGAAGAUUUAGUUGUAGUAGUUGAUUUUUUAGGUUUUAUAUUUUGUUUUUAAUUCAAGAUUCCUAAUGUAUGUAUGGAACUUUUGUCUCAGAAAAUGGCUUUAGGUGGAACAACUCCCCCAAGAGGAAGUGCAGCUGCUACUGCAAACAUGAGGAGGAGGAGAACAGCCGGUGGUGGGGCCUCUAGAGGAGCAACUGGAACUAUGCUCCAAUUUUACACUGAUGAUGCCCCUGGACUCCAGAUCUCCCCAAAUGUGGUUCUUGUAAUGAGCAUUGGCUUUAUAGCAUUUGUUGUUAUCCUUCAUGUGAUGGGAAAGUUGUACUUUGUGCGUAGGGAGGCUUAGAAGAGAAAAGAUUUAGGUCGAUUUUGGAGAUCG